AUGGCUUUCUUGAGAAAAGCUGGGAGUAUUUUUGGAAGGUGCCACGUCAGCAGCCGGGACAUCACUCUUUCAAAUCCCUCCAUCUUUCAAGCCGUGAGAUGGAUGUCGUCUUGUAAGCUCUUUGUUGGAGGAAUCUCGUAUAGCACGGAUGACACGAGUCUCAGAGAGGCUUUCAGCAAACACGGUACAGUUGCCGAAGCAAGGGUGAUUAUGGAUCGUGAAACGGGUAGGUCAAGAGGAUUUGGCUUCGUUACUUACGUUGAAUCCGACGAGGCAUCCGCAGCCAUUCAGGCUAUGGACCAGCAGGAACUUCAUGGCCGCCAGAUAAGAGUAUCUUACGCGAAUGAAAGGUCACGUGGCGGCGGCUAUGGUGGUGGCGGCGGCGGAUAUGGUGGUGGCGGCGGAUAUGGUGGUGGAGGUGGUGGUUAUGGUGGAAACUAUGGUGGUGGAGGUGGCGGAUAUGGCCGGAGUUAUAAUUCCGGUGGUGGAGGUGGUGGUGGUUACAACGAUGGGGGCUAUGGCGGUAGCUAUGAUGGAAGUGGUUCGGGUGAUCAGAAUUUUGGGUCUUUUGGCGGCGGCGGCAGCAGCUCGGCUGGUGGUGGAGGUGAGGGUUUUGGCCAGAAUGAAGGGGAUAAUUUUGGAGAUGGUGAUGACGUGGACAACUUUGCUGAUAGGAGGAGCUGAUCAGGUGGGCCCCACUUAUUGGAACUCCUCCUCCUCUCAAGAGGCAAUCAGUUGGCCUGAAGCUGAACUCACUUUUUAUUUUCUUCUUUCUUGUGGGAAAAUCUUAUGGUCAUUGCAGUACUCAGCUUGUUUUUGUUUU